CAGCAUACUAUAAAUUCUCAAUUCUCUGCGUUUUGUUUCCGUUAUGAUGAUUAAAUUAAAAUAUCUCUCUCGAAGAAAACUAACUUCCUACUUGUCUGCAAAAGCAGACCUGAUCGUGUUUGGUUUCUGAAAAGGAUAAAAAUAAAAUAAAUUCUCUAGAUUUAUAAUCCGAUCUUUCCCUCCAAAUCAAGGAAUACCCAGAUGCAAGGAGUAUAGUUUUUCUCUAUCUCUCUCUCUCUCUCGGGUGAAUUGGGGAGUUUUCAAUUUGGCUUGAGGUUUAAGAUCGGUUGAGAUUUUUUUGGGUUUGGAGUAGAUGAAUAGAUGCGUUCUUGAAGAAUAUUGGCAAAUUUCAUCGUUUUCGAUUGUAUAUUGAAGUGAUUUACACUCGGAAGAGAAGUAACGGCCCAUCUUCGUGAGCUUUUCUUGCCGCGAGGAAGUUCAUUUCUUUUUCAAGCACUGAGAACCGGACUUGAUGAGUGUGUCAAGAAGCUAUUUGUUGCUGGAUUUCAACUUGUAUAUUUGUGAUUCUGUACUUAGAAAAUCUCUACCAUAAUGCCAGUUCCCAUUCGGAGCGGAACUCCCAAAAAACCUAGUGAGAUGAUGAGGCUUUUCAUGACAACUUUUAUUGGAAUAAUUUUUGGGUUCUUUUUAGGAAUAUCCUUUCCAACGCUGUCCUUAUCUAAGAUGAAUCUCCCAUCCAGUUUGUUUCCUUCCAUUGAUCUUACAUAUAUUGAGGACAAAUACUCUGGUCUUUCAAAGCAAGCACUGUUCAAUGCUUGGGCUUCUCUAAAGGGUAACAAAGAGGCCUCUCCUUUACUUCCCAGAUACAACAAGACUGAGAUCUGGGUUCCAACAAAUCCUCGAGGUGCUGAAAGACUACCCCCUGGUAUAGUUGCUUCUGAAUCAGAUUUCUACCUCCGCCGACUUUGGGGUCUGCCUAGUGAGGACCUUACCAUCGAACCUAGAUAUCUUGUAACCUUUACUGUUGGCUAUGAUCAGAAAAAAAAUAUUGAUGCGGCAGUUAAAAAGUUCUCCGAGAACUUCACUAUUGUGUUGUUUCACUAUGAUGGACGGACAACUGAAUGGGAUGAGUUUGAGUGGUCAAAGCGAACUGUUCACAUCAGUGCUCGCAAACAAACGAAGUGGUGGUAUGCCAAACGUUUUCUUCAUCCUGACAUUGUUGCUCCCUAUGAUUAUAUUUUUCUCUGGGAUGAGGACCUUGGGGUGGAACAUUUUGAUGCAGAGAAAUACAUUAAACUGGUAAGGAAACAUGGUUUGGAGAUUUCACAGCCUGGUUUAGAUCCAGAUAGAGGAACAACAUGGGCAAUGACAAAGAGAAGAGAUGGCAUUGAAGUGCACAAGGACACUGAAGAGAGGCCUGGGUGGUGUACAGAUCCACAUUUGCCUCCAUGUGCAGCAUUUGUUGAGAUCAUGGCGACUGUAUUUUCUCGAGAUGCAUGGCGUUGUGUUUGGCACAUGAUUCAGAAUGACUUGGUUCAUGGUUGGGGUCUAGAUUUUGCUCUGAGGAAAUGUGUUGAGCCUGCUCAUGAGAAAAUAGGAGUUGUGGAUGCUCAGUGGAUCAUUCACCAAGGCGUUCCUUCACUCGGGAGCCAGGGGCAAGCACAGAAAGGAAAGGCACCGUGGGAAGGGGUGAGAGAGAGGUGUCGGAAAGAAUGGACAAUGUUCCAAGAUAGAAUGACCAAUGCAGAAAAAGUCUAUUAUAAGGCAAUGGAAAUGGAUCCUCCCAAUUGAACAGCUCGUUAAGGGUGGGGACAAUAACAGCCCAAGAAACAUUUUAUAAAUUACCAUGUCCAAUAUAUAUAGGUGCAUGUUCAUUCAAUUUUGACUGUGAUAGUUAAUAUUAUUUUUUUUCCUGACAGACUGCUGUUACUUUUAUGGGCCAAUUUCCAAAUAUAUUCUUGUGACUCGUUUUAUUUCUGCAGAUGGAUGAGAGGGAUUCAUUCUUUUGUAGCGAUCA